AUGAUGUGUCCUUCGGUUCUCGUCUGCGUGCUGUUCCUGGGUGUUGCGCUUUGCGCCCCUGAGAGCAUCCAGGACGGUGAAGACCGUGGGGUGCCGGAGACGCACGGCACCCAAGAUCUGCGCACCGCCCCCCUCGAGAAGAGGUCGCCACGCUACGAUUUCGGCCUAGGCAAGCGCGCCUACAGCUACGUAUCCGAAUACAAGAGGCUGCCGGUCUACAACUUCGGAUUGGGUAAGAGGUCUCGGCUUUACUCCUUCGGUCUGGGCAAGCGAUCGGUCGACGAAGACAGCGCCAGCGAUGAGUUCAUUUCUGAAGUGGACCAAGCCAACGUUCCAGAACUCUUUGACCAGUACGACGAUGCUGCAGGCCGUACAGUUUCGGCCUGGGGAAACAGCAUCGCCGAGGAGGUGGGGGAGAACGGGGAGGACGGGGAGAAGAGAGCCAGGAUGUACGAGUUCGGCUUGGGGAAGAGACCGCAGCUGUACAAUUUCGGCCUCGGCAAGCGGGCCAGGGGCUACAACUUCGGCCUGGGCAAGCGCUUGAGCAAGUUCAACUUCGGCCUGGGCAAGCGCGAGAGGGACAUGCACCGAUUCAGCUUCGGCCUCGGCAAACGCUCCGACGUGAACGGCGACGGCGACAAUUACAAUGACGUG